UCUAAGAUGAUCAGAUCGUGCAGAUAACAAUAAAAUUAAUUAAAACCUUGUUCACGACUGAUAGGAGGAGAUGACUGUUAAUGAAGUGGAUAGCUCAGUCUGGAAGAUAGGUGAUAUUGAGGGUGAUGGUAACAGCUGGACUCUCUCCUCUGAUGUCAACAUGCUUCACCUGCUACACACCUUCUCUGAUAAUCUCAUGUCUAACCUCAACACUAGUAGCCGGGCUCUUGAGGAGCUAAUUACUUUCUCAGAGGAGGUUUCUACAAAAGUAAACAACACUUUCAAUGAGUUCAACAUGCUUUCCAACGCUCAGUUCAUUGAGUCGAGAGUUUACGAGGAUGACGAAACAAAUGAAGGAGGAUCCGACAUACUUCCAGAUGUCGUAGCGGAAGACACAUCAGAUGUGAUAGGAGCUAGAAUUAAAACCAGUGUGGAGUACGGUCUUACUGUACUGGAUGCAGCAUACAUUGUACAUGGUUACUCGACCAACUCGCCUGAUGACACCGUGGAAGAGGUUGAAGAAGAAGGAGAAAUAGUGAUCGAACCAAACGAUCCCUACUUGCACCGGACACUGCCCUAUCUGAUAGGAUCCUCAGAAUAUUGUACCGAUGAGUCUGUUGGAAUAACGCUACUCUACCAGUCUGAUGAGGAAUCGAACAAAUCUGAAGAUGAAGAAGAGGAAGAGGAGGAGGAGGAAGAAGAGGAUGAAGAUGAAGGAGAAACAGUGAUCAAAACCGAUAAUCUGGAUCUUGGUUCAGACGAAAUGUCAGAAGAAGAAUCAGAAGGAGAAGAACCCGCUCGCGUGCCCACUGCUGACGGAUUGCCACGAAAGGGUCCGACACGGAAUGUUGCUACCGAGGAAUCCUCUGAUGAGGAAAUGUUCCCUGAAACUAAACCCACUCGGGCUAAAGUCUUCGAUUCUAUCUUCGAUAGUACUGACGAUGAAGACUCGGAGGAGGAUAAGAGCCCUCUUCCUGUCGCUAAACCCAGUCCCAUCCCGGAAGUAACUCCCGGACCAGCAACAAGAGAAGAGAGAAGUCCUUCAGUUCUGUCUACCAGAUCUAAUAAAACACCUAAGGGAGUUCCAAAAGGAGCCAUUUCAAUGUUCGGAGGACGGACUGUAUUCGAAGGAGGAGCUAUUAAAGUUUUGGAAGAUGAGGAUUCUGAUCAGGAUGAAGCUGAAGCUCCUUCUGAGGAGAAUGUCGCUGAAGCAAGGCGUCCUGCAGCUGGAACUGCAAAUGUAAAGCAAGCUAAAAAUCUCGGCUCUUUAUUUAAUGAUUCUGAUGAUAGUGAUUCUGAUGACUUGUUCGCUACAAAGAACAUACAAGAAGAAAAAGAAGAAACUUCCGUCGUUGCCUCUAAAAGUGAAAAGAAAGCAUCAGUUUCUACCGCAAAGAAGCAGCCUGCCUCUAAAUCUUUCGCUGCCAAAUCGAGUUCCUUGUUCGAUUUCAGCGAUGAAGAAGAAGAGGAGGAAGAGGUGGUUAAGACAACCAAGAAAACACAAGCUGUGUCCAAACCUCAGCAAAGCAAGUCAAAAGUUGCUGACUUCAAUUUGUUUGAUUCUAACGAGAGUGAUGAAGAUAUUCUUUCUGUUCCAGAUAAUAAGAAAAAAGUACUGCCCCAACCUUCUGUGGCUAAACCUUUACAAAAGAGUGGAGGAAAGGGUUUGUUCGACUCGUCCGACGACGAAGACACGGAUGGAGGUCUAUUUGGAACCAUCAAAGUUCUGCCGACUCCGACUAAGAAGGUAGCUGAAGUCGAGAAAGAUUCUGCUAACACAGCCAGUAAGAGUGGAGAGGCUAGUGUGAAGAAAGAUAAAGCUAAGAAAGUAGAUAGCUUUGACCGGUUGUUUGGUUCCAGCGAUGAUGAAAGUAGUGGAGUUGAUAAGAGCUCUCCGCCUUCAGCCAAGCAGGCGAAGACUGUUCCUAAUCCUGAUAAAUCUAGUAGCGAAGAUUCGAAAAAUAAUCUAAAACCACCUGUUAAUAAAACAACGGCUCGGGCUGAAAAAUUCGAUGAUCUGUUUGGUGACAGCGAUGAUGAAGAUGACAUGUCUUUUGGCAUUACCUCGUCUCCCAAGAAAGUGGUUAAGGAUGUUGCAGUUUCUGAAAAGAAAGAAGAUAUAGUCGCAAAGGAUCAAGCACAGAAAUCUCCAGCAAAAACAAAAGCUCAAGCUGGAAAGUUUGAUGACCUUUUCGGUGACACUGAUGAUGAGAGUGAAGAUAUUUUCUCAUCUCAAGAACCGAAAACCGCUGAUAAACCGACUAACUCGGUCGUCAAGCCGGAUUCUACAUCUCACAGUGACACAGUUGAAGACGCUAGUGAGCCUUCCAUAGAAGAGGCUCCACUGGAAAACGUCCGUAAAACGAGGGAGACUAAAGUCAUUAAAGCUCCUGUUGAUAAGAUAAAGGCUCGAGCAGCUAGAUUUGAUGAUCUCUUCGGUGAUAGUGAUGAGGAUGAUAAUGAUGAGGAUAUCUUUUCGACUCCAGACAAAGUGGUCCCAAAAACUGUGAGCAAGAAAGUUGAGGCGCCUGUAGAACAUAAAACAUCUCAUAAAGUUGAAGCAAUCCCCAAAGACCCUUCUCCAAAAGAAAAAGCACAGACUAUCAAAGAUAAUACUGAGAAACCAGCUCCCCCUAAUAAACUACAGGCACGAGCUGCAAAGUUCGAUGACCUGUUUGGUGACAGCGAUGAAGACGAUGGUGACAUGUUCUCUUCUAAACCGAUCAAGCCCCCACAAAAUACAGACAACCUUCAGAGUGCAGUCUCCUUUCCUGAGACUACUCCUUUCCCAACUCCUGACCCAGAAACUUUAAAGCAGAAAACAGAAAAUGUUAUUGACGCUUCGGUGGAUAAGAUUAAAACUAGAGCUGUUAAAUUUGAUGAUCUGUUUGGAGAUAGCGACGAGGAAGAUAUUUUCUCAACCCAGGACACUGUCAAGCCCGUAGAGACAAAUGGUAAUAUUGCUGUGACUGAUGAUAAAGUUUCUAAAGCUCAGUCACCGGAUAAGGUGUCCUCCGAUCUAGACCUUGGAUCUAGUUCUCAAGAGGCGAAGAUGGCUCCAAAGUCUAACAUCGCAAAACUUCAGAAUAACUUGAAUUUUAAUCCCGCAAUGCUGAUGGGAGGCCCACGUCCAAAGAAGAAAAAUGAAGCUGUAAAUGUUGAAGACACAGAAAAAAACAAGGAUGUUAAUGUGAAUGAGAUUCCUGAUAAUAAACUAAAAGCAAAAGCUGCUAAGUUUGAUGAUCUUUUUGGUGACAGUGAUGAAGAAGACAUAUUCUCUACUCAGGAAAAAGAACUUCCGAAGACCACUGAAAAACCUCGUGGCCCUGAUCUUGUCGCUGAGCCAGCUCCGAAGCUAAAAAAUGAGAAGACACAAGGCACUGAUGAUGUUAAAUCCCUGGCCAAAGAAGUUGAAGCACGAGCUGCCAAGUUUGACGAUCUAUUUGGUGACAGCGACGAUGAGGAUGGGGAUAUUUUCUCAAGUCGAGAGAAGCCAAGCUCCCAGUCUGUUUUAUCUGACGAACAAAUACCACGGGUUGAACCACAGACUGAUCCCUCGACUGAAGCAGACUCCGGUCCUAGAACUCCAAAAACAAAGGCUGUGCCGAACUCAAACAUUGCCAAACUUCAAAAUAACCUUAAGUUUAACCCUGCUAUGUUAAUGGGGGGCUCAAGACCACCGGUGUCCAAACAGACAGAAAAAUCAGCACCCUCAGAAAGCGUACCAGAGGAGAAACAUAUUGGAGACCAAGAAACUGUGAAUAGUGAAACUCAAGCCCCGAAAGUAUUAUCAUCAAUUACCAAAGGUCGUAUAAAACGAGGUGGGAGAAGACCACCCAGACGUGCUGUAAAUAAGACUGAUGUAUCUGCUGCACCCCAGCCAUCACCAUCACCUGAUAGUGAGCCAUCACCCGUUACUGAUAGUCAGCCAUCACCAGCUAAUGCUAGCCUACCUUGUGUACCUUCUCCUAAAUUAGACGAUACAAAAUCCAGCAAAGAUUUUCAAAAACCAAUAUUUGAAGAUGAGGAUAUUUUCAGCGCUCCUUCCAAACCUAAAAUACCUCCGAUUAUGGACUUUGAAGAAUCUGAGGAUGAAGACAUUUUUGGUGCCCCUUCUAAGUCCAAAUCUUCUAAACAGAACAUGGAUAUAAUUAAGGAUGAUGACAUUUUUGGUGCCCCUUCAAAGUCCAAACCUCCGAAACGAAACAUGGAUAUAAUUAAGGAUGAUGACAUUUUUGGUGCCCCUUCAAAGUCCAAACCUCCGAAACGAAACAUGGAUAUAAUUGAGGAUGACGACAUCUUUUCAGCUCUCCCUAAGUCUAUAAAUACUUCAAUCCCAGCGUUUGGGCAGACUGAAGAUGAUGACAUCGAUAUCUUCUCGGCUCCCGCUAAGUCCAAACCUUCAAACAAAAGUCGUGUUACUGUAAAGACUGCAGACGAGGGAAUUGUUUCGAAAGACGAGGGCAAGUCCGAAGAGGAUGCACUCUUUUCUGCUCCCUCUAAAACGAAGUCUUCCAGUCGGGACCAAGGGAAAACAAAGAGUAAACCCAAGAAAGUUCUCGAUGAUGAUCUGUUUGGUGAUGAAUUUGAUUUGUUCUCUGAUAUACCGGCUAAACCUAAGCAGAGCAAGAAAGAAAAGAAGGGAACAAAAGGUAAAAAAUCAGAAGCAUCAAAAAGUAAAGACUUUAUUGACCCCCUCUUUCAAUGAGUGUCAUCUCAUCCUAGUGGUUUAAGUCUUGAUGUUGACUCCCUUCUUUAACUUUUUUUAAAGAUCAUGAACCCUUAAAUCAUGUUUAAUUUUGACUAAGCUAUAUCUAUUUUCGCUGGCAGUGGGCGAGUUAUGGUUUUAAUAUAUACUUUAAAGUUAUAAUGACAAUUAUUGACAGUGAGUUUUAUUCUGAAAACUAUAAAAAGUAUCAAUAGUGUACGGUGUUCUCUUUGUUUUUUAUUAAAGUUUUCUGUUUGUUCAAAUGUUUUUACCGAUUUUAAUAAAUUUUCAGAUUUUGAUCGGAUUGUUGUUUUUUUGUAAUGACUUUAAUCGAUUUGUUGUGUAUACUGUAUAAUGUUGAAAAGGUGUUAGUGCCAUUCCAAACGAUUUUGAUCCAAUUUUCGUAAUCGAUGUACUUAUAUUUGCGUUCCAAACGAUUGAUGUACACAUUUUUUUGAGGAAGGACUAUGAAACUAUAGCCCACAUAAAUUGAGAAAUAGCUAUAAUUACAACAAAGAUCUGAUAUCUAACAGCAACAAAAUUGAAGAAUCUCGUUUCUUAGUUAGUGUCACUGAAACUGUUAAUAUAAUAUGAUUUAUAUUUUAUUCCAACCC